UUGCUGUUGUUGCUUCAUUUCUCCUCAUUCACUUUAGUUCUCAGUCUAGACAAGCGAGCCACUGGCGUGCAAACUUGGCCGAAUGGUAGUACAUACGUAUGGACGGUAGAGGAUACAUAUGAGGGCGAAACCUUCUUUGAUCGGUUUGAUUUCUAUACCGGUGCAGAUCCCACGAAUGGUCUAGUGAACUACACUGACCAGGAGACCGCUUUUGCUGAUGGUCUCGCGUAUGUUACCUCCGAUGGUAUAGUAGUCAUGAGAGGUGAUAACACUACCUGGCUGUCAGAAGGAGAAGAGCGGAAAAGCGUCCGGGUAUCAAGCCAGAAAGAAUAUAAUACCGGCCUCUUCAUUCUCGAUCUUGACAUGGCACCCUGGGGAUGUGCCGUAUGGCCUGCAUGGUGGACACUGGGAAGUGGUACAUGGCCCUGGACGGGAGAGAUUGAUAUCAUUGAAGGAGUGCACGACAAUGAGCACAAUCAAGUGACAUGGCAUACAGGCCCUAAUUGCAACUUGACGGAAAGCGGGAAUUUCACUGGAACUAUUGUGACAACUAACAACGAGCCCAAUCUCGACUGCGACUCCGUUGAUGGCCUGAACGAUAACUCAGGUUGUGGUGUUGUUGAAUGGAGUAGAGCCUCAUAUGGCCCAUACUUCGACGAGCAAGGAGGCGGCGUGUUCGCGAUGAAGUGGGAUGUAUCCGGCAUUGGUGUCUGGUCUUUCUAUCGCGCUGCAAUACCUCAGGACAUCACGGACGGGCAACCGACUCCCUCCACUUGGGGUGAACCAGUGGCAUUCCUUGAUGCGAGCGGGUGCAAUCCAAUCACCAAUUUCGUAAAUCAUUCUAUAAUCUUUGAUAUCACCUUCUGUGGCGAUUGGGCCGGUAACGAUUACAGCACAUCAGGCUGUCCGGGAACAUGCCCGGAACGCCUCAUGGAUCCCGCCAAUUUCGUCAAUGCAUCAUGGGAAAUCCGGAGCUUGACCGUAUACAAACAACAGUCUCUUCAUGGCGAAAUUGCU